AUGCCCCCACAAUCAGAGGCAAACUCUGGUGCUCCACAGAAUCCUCCAUCAGAGAAUAUUUCAAAUAAAGGUGGAGGUGAUGUCGAUACUACGUUCUCUUCUGCAGCCGUUGCUACUCAGAAACCUGGUAACAACAUUUUUUUCAUAGUUAUAUUUCGAAUGUUUGCUGUUGGAAAUCACUGCCUUUCCGCGAAUUCCAUCUGCAAAUGUCAAAAAAGAUUUUGCAAAAAUUCUGCCCCAGAAACCAUCUCUUUUUGUUUCAUCUUCAUUUUGUGAUGAAGGUGUAAUGCACUCCAUAAACUGUAAUCUAUUCUUUUGAUGCAGUGAAGAAGCCUACACGACAAUGGGCUGCUUGGACACGCCAAGAGGAGGAAAGCUUUUUCAAUGCAUUACGACAAGUUGGCAAAGUACUUUCUCACUCGCUAAGCAUAUUUCCAUUAGAAUGCUUGGUUGUUAACUGGAUAUCUGAUUGUGGUUUCAGAACUUUGAGAAGAUAACUUGCCGAGUUCAGAGCAAAAAUAAAGAGCAGGUAUAGAAUGCGAACCCCAUGUUAUUUUAUUUUUGGUCUUUGAUAGGUGUCGUUUACUGUCAAGAGAUUUACCCUGCGAAUAGUUUUUUUGGAUAAGCUUACACAUAUGAAUAUAGAUGGUGAACACUCGAUAAAGCUAUGAAAUACGGCGAAAAGUUUUUUUUUUUUUUUUGUGAACGAAACAUCGCCCAGAAGUAAAAGACUGAUUUUCCACUAGGGUUAAAGCCCACAAUGUUAUUACACUUAAUUGAACUAUUAUAUGGUUUGAAAAGUGAGUUAAGUUCCAUAGGUUGGGGGACUAAGAAUUCCUGAGCACUUACUUUAACAUGUCGUGCUAAAUAAAUUUUAUUUUCUCUUAGUUUCUUAAGAUAAGUCCUGUGUAAUAUCCUCUUCAUAAGAAAGAUGCUGUCCCAUCUUUUCUGAAAUGAGGUCCUCAAGACUUGGUGGGGUUAAUACACUUCCUCCAAGCAAUGGCUUUUCUGAUUACUCAAUUUCAGAUUGAUAUUUAAUCAAUUCCUGGUUUUACUGAAGUCAAGAUAAUUCCCUUAUCCGUCUCCAUGUCCUUCCUGAAAGUUGUAUCUAAGCUCAUUUUUAAUUCUUUAUUUAAAAGUUGUUCUUUGGCUUGUCUUAUGGUUGAUAAGCUGCUGCAAUAGAUAACAGAAAUAUAUUUAAAUUUUCUGGGAAAUCUCUGCUGGUCUAGGAAAGGAUCUGGUAUUACAUUUCAGUUGGUCUAUCAGAAUUCUGUAUCAAUUUUUGAUAUUUUUCUGCUAGGAAAGGAUAUGGUAUAAUCUUUUUUGCUCCAAUUUUGCCCAAGCUGAAAUCACCACCACUUGAAUUUUGUCCUCUUAAAAAGCCGGUUGGAGGUUUGCAACCCUGUGGUGUGUGCAACCUUAGCGUUUUAUUCGUCAAUGCAUCAACCUGUGGUUCUUUUGCCAAUUGUACAUUCAUAAUGGAGCUAAAUUCCAUAUCCUAGUCGUUUAGUGUUUGUUGAUAAAUGUCGAGAUUAGGUGAGACAGAAGAAUGAUGUGCAUUAUUUUAACUGUGUAUUUUUUCCCCUGUCAGGUAACUUUCUUUGUAUAGUCAAGCUUUAUCCUCCUAUCUGUCUUUUCUGGAAAAUGAUCCCAGAAGGUGUUUUCCCCGCUCGCCUAAUACCCUGGCAGAACUCUCCUUGUUGAUAACACGGUCUCAUUAUGGUCACAUAGUCAUCUUUGGCAUAUUUAUUUUAAAUUGAUAGUCAUCCGGUAAUCAUUUUAUUUAUCCGCUAGGUUAUUUUGGGAUGCGUUUCCUAGGUAGACAUGAAGAAUCUUGUAAAUUACAGCAUGCAGGGAAAUAAGUUAAGAACGACUAAUAAAUAAAACAGGAGAGUUUUAAAGAUAUUGUUUCUUAAGUGGUGAACUGUACAUCUUUUUUGCAUGUUUAUGUGACUUAGUAAAAUCUUAUUUGACAUUUAUCUACAAUUUUCAUGAUGAAGACCCUUAUUUUUUUCCUCUUUUCACGAAGGGCUGAUCUCUUAGACAAUUUGCUUUCCCUAUUGUAGUGCCAUAACUGUUGGAGCCGAUUUGAUAUUUUGUUACCUUCUUCCUGCUUUUGUUAUUCAGGUGAGGCACUAUUACUAUCGUCUUGUGAGACGCAUGAAUAAGCUACUAGGACCAGGGUUUAGUCUUGAUGCGAAAAACUCAAAGGAUACAAAUGCUGCGAUGCUUCGUUGGUGAGAAUUAGUUGGUUAUGAAUCUAUUCGUUGCUUAAUAUUUUUUUGUUAUUUACACACCCACCGGAACUGCUUCUAGUUUUUUUAUUGAUAAUAUUGCUGUUUUUAGACUUACUUUCUUAUAUCUUGUUUUAUUUGUUAGAUCAUGCUUAGUAUUGUUUUUGUGCAGAAAUGAGUCAUUUAUUGCUCACUUCUGGUUUUUUCUUCGUUCUUUUCUACAGAGUGCUUAUCAAUGCUAAACGUGGUUAUCUUCUUUUGCCUAUCAGGGAAUCCUAGUUCUGUUAAAUGCAAUAAUAAUAGUGGAAAUGCAUGCUCUUUAAGAUUGAUACUGAAUAGAUGGCUACCUUUAUUCUUCUUUGGCACCUACUCCCUGGUUACUAGGACAGGAGUUUUGCUUUAUGUGUCUCUUUUAUUGCUUGAAUUAGAAGUAGCGAUUGUUAGAGGUGGCUUCUUUUGCCGUGUGUAACCAGUUCCUAUAUUUACUGGUACUGUCGUAACAUUCAAUAUUUUAUGUUCCUCAGAAACUAGAGCGCUUGUCUUUUGGUCACUUUCAUUUUACUCUUUUAGGUUUUUUUGCUCCGAAUUCUUAUGAUACUAUGCUCAUGUGAAUUUCAUAAUAUGACAUAGUCAUACGUCAUUGUAGAUGAUGUACACAUUGUCUGCUGUCAUUGAAAUGUUGCAUUGUAAGCUAACUACAAUUUCGAAUGAGAUGAAUUGCGUGCUCUCUAGCUUGGGCCUUGACAUUCUUUGUAAUCGUGCUCUAGAACAGCCUUGUGAAACUAUUGUUUGAGUCAAGAUUAAAACCAUUUUCCGAUCCAUUGUCUUCAUAGUCGACAUGGAUUCCCAAAUUAACCAGAUCUGAUGUGGUUCGGAUCCAGAUGCCCUCCUCUCUCCUUCUGAGAGUGAGUGGCAGGACAUGGUACAUAGAGUGGACCACUUGGUGGUGUUAGUGUGUGGUCCACAGCCAUUGGUGACAGUCUGAAUUAUGAUCUUUUCUUUCUUUCUUUCUUUCUUUCUUUCUUUCUUUCUUUUUCUUCUUCCCUUCUCUUUUCCCUUCUCUCUCUGCUCCUCUUUCUUCUUCCUCCAUCACCCGUUCCCCAACAGUGAGCACUAAAUGCUGCUCUUCAAUUUGUUCCCUUGGCUGCAGCAAUUUUGUUGGAAAUUGGCUGGCCCUCUCCUUAGUUCAGGUGAUCUCUGGGGAUUUGUGUUUUUGUUCUUUGUCAUAUCCCCUGGUUUCAGAGGGUGAUGAUUUUUGAUACUACCAUCAGAUUAGGCGAAAUCAGCUAUUCUGAUAUGGCUUUUUAGCUGACCCAAGCCAGAUCUAAUCCACCAUAUUCCAAGUGGCUCAGGUGAUCAGCCCAGAUUUUCAGAGUCGGUUCUCCAUGCCUGAGCUGCCCUGGAGCAGCCCAUUUAGAUAUAUAUUUCGCUAAUUCUCUGUAUGUUACUGAAUUUAUUCAUCUUUGGUUGAUACUUGUUACAUCCCUACAAUUAGCGAAUUUCGGAAAGCUGUUGUUGAUGUUGCUGGGCACUUCUCUUUACAAUUGCUUUGGUUCAUAAUUGAUGAAAUUUAUCCAAAUUCCUUAUCUGUCUUCAGAUAUUGACUGAUGAUCCACACAACUGACAAUCUAAAAUGACUCUUUCAAAGUACUCUAGAUAAAGACAUCCGUGAGAAGAGAUCAUCUUUGUCUUUUGCUUUAGGACUUGUACACCACCUGCUUAAUUGCAAACUAAAGCGAAAGCGUUUUCCAUAGUCCAGUGGAUAUUUUAAUAUACUACUUUAAUGAUGACAUUUUAAUAUCCACCUGAUGAAUUUUCUUUCUUAAAUAUUCUUGUAGGUGGUCAUUACUUGAAAAGUAUAGUUGCACUGCUUCAAAGCUCCAUCUGAAGCCCAGGAGGUUUAAGACCUUUAUUGAAACUUUGGUUAGUUUCUCAUUUUUGUCUUUAUGUUCUCUGUAUUUUUUUCCUUCUUUUUGACUUUUUGUGUUCUUUUUGAUAACCUAGUUGAUACUGACUUCGAUUCUAAUUUUGGCUAUCAAGGCUCAGCAACUUUUGAAGGACCGUAACAGGACUAGACGAAAACGGCCUUACCAGGGAGAGAAUUGUUCUAUUCCCAUGACAGCAGAGUCUAUCUUCAGCAAGCCCCCAGGGCAUGAUGUCCAUAUGGUCAAACUUGUUUUUGUUGAUAGCCAAAACUCUCCGAAGUUGGGGAAUACAAAACUGACCUCCACGAAGCGUGGUGCAAGCGCUGCUGUUAAUGUUAGUAAAGGGGAAGUGUCUAUCAUGAAGACUGUGAAUCAAAAACGGCGGGCAGGUAAUCAAAAACUGCAUUCUCUCUUGUGACGAAAAUAAUUGAUGCAUAUUUUUGCACAUAAAUUUUUGAUUAUAUAAACUUAUUAAAAAUUGUAGUACUUUUUAUCUCACUAUUAUUCAUGGUAUUAUGAACACUGAAGUAGUUUUGCCAUGAAAAUUUAAACUUUUACAAUGUGCCUAAAAUACCUUGCUAUUUACUUUGCAGUUUGUGGUACUGCAUCCUCAGCGUACAAAAAGUGGGAGAAGGCCGCUAUUGCAGGGGUUUCCUUGGUUGCUGAUGCUGCAGAACAUUUGGAGCGAACAUCCAAUGAUAAAAAUGGCUCUAUCAGUCAAGGAACGUUGGACAUGUUGCCUCCAAGCAAUUGCACCACAAAUGGUAAGUUUACCAAUGAAUCUAAAUGAUGCUUGUUACGGAUUAAUAUGUUAUUGACUUUGCAGCAUUCUGUUAUUCAGGCAAAGCGUAUGCUGGCUUUUCUGGUGAUUUUGCUGAACCUCUAGUGUCUACAAUCCCUGAAGGAUUAUGUUCUCAGCAACCAAUUAGUGAAACCAAUACGCAAUCUCCAAUGAAACUGAAGCUCCAAUUGUUCCCGAUAGACGAAGUCACUCGAAAAGCACUGGAAAGGGUAUAACUACUGCGGAUCCAUCUUUUCUCCCUAUUUCCAUCCCUACCUUCCUCUCUGCCUUUCUUUAUGCCGCAUGCUCAUACAUUAUCAAGUAUAUUUGUGUAUAUUAUUAAAAAGCGAACAGCAGCUUGCGGAUAAAUAGUGUAAAUUUGUGAUCGAACCCUUUUUUUUUUUUUCUCUUGUUGUAGACGAAGGUGGGCUACUGUUAGGCUUCCUUUCCAAUGGAUCACAUUUAUUUGCCAAGCAUUUGUUGUUGAAGUCAUGCAUGUUUCUUUUGCUUGCGAGUCUCAUGUCGGAGUUACAUACUAUUGUUGGCAAUGAAAAUCAAUGCACGCGUUUGAUCAAAACAUGUUGUUUGUAUGCACUCCAGAAGGGUUGAAUUGAGAUUUAUAACUAACGAAUUUUGCAUUUUCAAUUUCGCCAUAGGAUGAACGGAAUCCCCAUCUUGAGCUAACCUUAAGUGCUCGGAAAAGAAUAUCAUCGAUUCUUGAGCACUUGAAUCGAAAAUGGGGAAAUUCUAGUAUAGCAUCUGGGGAGCUCAUGCUUUUCCCAUACAGCGUCCAGCAGGAUAACCUCGCAUGUUGUCCAAGAUGGACUUUAAAGGAUUCUGCUGCUAGUGCCGGAGACGUCUAUGCAGUGGUCGGAAGUCCUGCUAUUUUUCGACUGAGGUUUCUUCUUCAACCCUGCUAAAAUCCGCUCAGUAUUCGUAUCCUUGCUUUUAUUUUUUUUGCUUAUGAGUCUUCUUUUUCAUCCGUAUUUUGUCAAGGUAUGGCUGGUUCUCAGGUCCAGAGCAUCGGUCUGCAACUGCUCAGCUUCCUUCAAAUGUUCACCCUUUGGGUAGUUGUGCUCAGACGAAAUACAUAGAGGAAGAGGAUGCCAUUGGGUCUGUGAAUAAGGAUUUAACAGUCGAGCGUAGUUCGACUGUAACUCAGAUGCCCAACCAACCAAUCUCUGGUCUGAAAUUUAACUCAACGUCAGUAGGAACAGCUGCUUCACCUUCUGAUAAUAUACAGAGAUUGGGAGUUGCAGAUGGCCUCAUGCUGCCCAAGAGUAGAGAUGUGGAGCUGUUGCGGCAGAAGGUUGCUUUGCCCAAGCUUAGAGUUACAGAUGAGGAAGAUGACCGUGCACUUAGAAGGGGUGAUGUUGCGUCGAUCUCCGCAGGCGAGUGGGCCGACAGUCUAACCAAUAUAAGCGUGGGGGAUUUGUUGUCAGAAGCUUCUAGGGCCACAGAUACGUGCCACAAUAAUUCCGCUUGGUUAGGCGCAUCUCUGCAGCACAUCUCUCUCAGUUGUGACUCAUUUGAUGCAGCCAUUGCUGGGCUCAUAUCCCGUCAUCAGGAUUCACUGAACCACUCUCCCAGAGGAGCUUCACUAGCAUCGAUCUUGGAUGCCGAAGAAACCUGCGAUGAGUUCUCUUUUCACAAGGUUCUAGCUGAAGAUCAGCCAAACGGAGCCACCGUGCCGCCCAGUGCCUCCUCAGCUGGCUCUUCCAGGCAGAUCACUCAGGCAGGUUCGAGUGGGUAUCGAGGUUUCAUGCAGGUAUUAUUCUCGUCGGAGCAUCGGCAUCCUACUUCUCGUGACUGCUUUAUUUUCUAGUAGUUCUCAUUCUAGCUGCAGAGGGUUGCAGUUCAUUCAUAUGGGGAAAAUUCUGUCUUUUCAUAGGAUUCACUCGCUGCUGUUGAGCAUUCGGGCAACCCUCAGAGAGAAGAAGAUAUGGAUUCCGCCGCCCCGUCUGACGACGACGAGUUGACUUCUGACAAGAAGCGCGACUCUGCGAGGAACAGUGAACUAACCGACUUUUUUUGGGUAACUACUUCUCGAUGCUGCUUUUUUUUUUUUUUUUUACUGGAUUUUCCUCGGCAAGAGUUUGCUUGAUUUGAUUUGGUCCACCCUCUUCUUGGUUUUGUUUCUCCUCCCGCGCAGCCGGAUUCUUUAGGCCCGUUGGACCUUGAUGUUCCACCGGCAAGAUAUCAAGGCCAAGAACUCCUCUUCGGUGAUGGCGCCAGCCUGAGCGGUUUGAGCCGCCUGAUAGCCAGCAGCCUCGACGCAUUCCAGAACUGUUCCUUUUUUGGCUCGGAGAAGAAGGAAUCCAGUGCAGCCGGCGAAGCUCAAGAAGCCGCACCCUUUCUCGACCAAAAAGGUGGCUCGGACACUUGA